GGAGCCUGAAGCUGUAAAAGACUAGCGACUCGAUCUUCGGUCUCAUUAAUUAGUCACGCGCUCAGCACGUGUCCAUCUGGCGCAACCACACGAUCUUUGGUGUGACGUCAGAGCGAGUCCGGUCUACGAUGGCGAAUAUUCGUUGUGUGAAGGGUUUGGUUGGCCUGGUGACGGGUGGUGCCUCCGGUUUGGGUCGGGCCACCGUGGAGCGCCUGGUGCAGAGCGGAGCGUCUGCUGUGAUCGUGGACCUGCCCUCCUCUGACGGACAGGCUGUGGCAGCCGGUCUGGGAGACCGCUGUGCCUUCGCUCCUGCAGACGUGACGUCAGAGGCAGACGUGCAGUCAGCUGUGUCUCUGGCCAAAGAGAAGUUUGGGAAGUUGGACCUGGCUGUGAACUGUGCCGGCGUUGCUGUGGCUGUGAAAACAUACAACUUUAAGAAGGACCUCCCUCACAGCCUGGAGGACUUCCAGCGUGUCAUCAAUGUGAAUAUUGCGGGAUCUUUUAACGUGAUUCGCCUCGCUGCAGGCGAGAUGGGGAAGAACGAGCCCGAUGCAGACGGACACAGAGGCUGCAUCAUUAACACGGCCAGCGUGGCAGCUUUUGAUGGACAGGUUGGUCAAGCAGCUUAUUCUGCUUCUAAGGGCGGCAUCGUUGGGAUGACCCUCCCCAUCGCACGUGACCUCGCACCCAUGGGCAUCAGAGUCAUCACCAUAGCACCUGGGCUCUUCUCCACCCCUCUCCUCGCCAGUCUUCCAGAGAAGGUGCGCGCAUUCCUCGCCCGCCAGGUGCCCUUCCCCCCGCGCCUGGGCGACCCCGCUGAGUUCGCUCACCUGGUCACGUGCCUGGUUGAGAACCCCAUGAUCAACGGAGAGGUCAUCAGACUGGACGGAGCCAUUCGCAUGCAGCCUUGAGACAAGACCGAGCACGAGUCUCUGACACGUUCUCAUCUCAGCGUUUUAUCAGGAGCCGCUGGCGUCACAAAGAUGCCCGAGAAAGCAGGAGGGGUUCAGUUUGUUCCCUGUUUGGGAUGUUUGUGAUUUCCACUUUUAAUUUUACUUUUAGCCACUUGUUUAGGUUUGGGUUAAAUACACUCCUUCACAAAAACCGUACACAUAGAGAAAUGACACCCAAUGGUACCCAGUGCCUUUAAAUGUGACGCCAAGUGGUCCAAACAACACACACUUGUUAUGAAUUACGCUCAGCGUUGCAUCUGAGACGCCAGCGUCUCUGACAGAACAGCAUGUACAGGGUGAGAACAGGCUGCUGAGAUUUAAUUAACGAGCAAAUCUUAUGUUUGUCUUUGUGGCUGCAUUUACAUUGUAGGAAUCUGCACACUGUAAAUAAGUCUGUCAGGGAUCACCGGCCAUUUUAUCAGAUUUUUAUGUGAAUGUAAAAAAUGACUGCAGUACAAUAAACCUCACAUGAGUUUGACUAA